GGCGUUGCCACCCCUUGGAAUCCCACCACACCUGACGGGGAGUUUUGCCAUCCCUAAUUGAAAUGUUGUUGUUUACAGCGCAGCAGCAACGAAAAUUUGUUUAAACAUAUUAUUUAGCCAGUUUGCGCAGUGAUUUCCCAGGCAUAAUGAUUUGUCGACUGUGCCUGCGGUGCCUCAGUCCCGGUAGCGCCGUCUUCCUCUUCGAGACGGACGAUACGCUGGCGGAGACGCGGCUGGUGAAGAUGAUCGCCAAGUUUCUGCAGCUGGAGAUCCUGCCCGACGACGGCAUCUCGACCAGCGUCUGCACCGACUGCUGCGAGCAUCUGGAGGACUUCAACGGCUUCUGGCAGCUGGUGGAGCAGAAGCAGUGCUCGCUGAAGAAGGAGUUCCUCACUGUGGACGUCGAUUGCGUGGCGAUGAAGUGGACGGGCGGCGUCGACGUGGACGUCAACAUCGAUGAGCUGCCGCUGGCGGCGGGCGACAUGGACGAGAAACCGCUGGACCUGCACAAUCUCAGCCUACUGGGCAGCGUCCUAGACGUGAAUGUGGACAGUGUGGAGGUGAGGGAGCCGGGCCAGGUGAAGGAGCAGCUGCCCUGCGGCUCCGAGGAGGAGGAGCAGGACAAGAAGCCCCGCCUGCUGGCCAGUGAUAGCGAGCCGGAGGCGAUGCAGCCAGAAGAAGAUUCCUCGGAUGAUGAGCCCCUGGUGCGGCUGCAGACCAAGAUGCGGCCCAAGCCGCCCAAGCGCAAGGCCAAGGUGCGCACGAACAAGGCGGAGAGCGCACAUUCCCUGCACCGCGAACUGGAGGAUCUGCUGGACGACGGCAGCAAGCGGCGAAGGAGAAGGGCGACUGGAGGAACAGCGGAGCAGCGUGCGCCCACCGAGGUGCAGGAGUCCGAACUGCAGGCCGUGCUCGAGCGCAAACCGAAGGGCUGCUCCCGCGCCCAGCUGGCCAAAAGCUACGAGGAGGCCAUCGCCAGCUACAUGAGCGCCAGCUGCGAUCUGUGCGAGUUUAGUGCUCCCUACCUCUCCGAGCUGAAGACGCACUUCCUGGAGGCGCAUCAGCGAGAGUUUUACAUCAAGUGCUGCGGCAAGAUCUUCACGCGAGCCUCCAAACUUAUGGAUCACAUCCGCAAGCAUGUCAAUCCCAAUCUAUUUACCUGCUCCAUUUGCCAGAAGUCGCUCAACUCGCAGGACUAUUUGGCCACCCACAUUGAGACGGUGCACAACAAGGUCGCUCAGAUCGACAAGGUGCUCAAGUUCCCCUGCCCCAAGUGCGAGCGCACCUUCAGCAGCGAGCGCCGGUUGGCCAAUCACCUGGCCAAGCACGACACCGACCAGUUGGAGCACACCUGCGAGAUCUGCUGCAAGAGCUUUGCCAACAUCCACAGGCUGCGACGCCACAUCCAAUCCAUCCACGAGGACCUGCACCGCCACGUCUGCGACAUCUGCGGCAAGAAGUUCAAGUUCAAGCCCUCCUUCGAUCGCCACCUGCUGGAGCACCAGGGCGUGGUGGCGCCGGCCGUCGAGUGCCCGGUGUGCGGCGUCUGGCUGAAGAACGAGCACAGUUUGCGGCUGCACCGCUUCACGCACGACAGCACGGACACCGUGUGCCCGCACUGCGGCAAGACCUGCACCUCGCGCACAGCUCUUCGCGGUCAUGUGAAGUACGCCCACAAGCUGACCACCAAUCUGCAGUGCACCUUCUGCGAGAAGACCUUCAAGCAGCAGCGCAACCUGGACGAGCACAUGGCCAUACACACGGGCCUGCAGCUGUACAACUGUCCGCAUUGCCCGAAGGAAUGCCGCUCGCGUUCUAAUAUGUACGUGCACAUCAAGCAGCGGCACGCGGACGAGUGGCUAAGGGCCAAAAUGGCCCGUUCGCACAAUCCCCAGUUCAAGCCGGGAUCCGGCGACGUUUAAACCUGAUCCUGCACAAAUAUGUUUAACCAUUACACGUAUAAUUAACUAAA